UAAGGUUUUGGGGACAGAGGGGACAGAUUGAAAAUACUUGAAAAAAUGAUGUGUUUGUGAAGUUGGGGAGAGGAAAUUUGAGAAUUGAUUGGUUCUAGUGUGCUGUAAGUGGGUGGAUUUUUUUGUGCUACAGGAAGUGAUUUGCAGUGUUCACAGAGCCUUUUGUUGAAAAGGGUCUCCUCAUUUGUGUGAGUCAUGCUUUUGCUGUGAGCGAGUUGGCAGCUCUAACCAGAAUUGGAAUGUCAUAGAGAACUGUCUGCUUCUGCAUCCACUCUACGUACAUCUAAAAAAACAGACAGGUUCACUUUUAUUUUUCCAUGUGGACAAUUUAGCUCAGAUUUGUAAGUGUUUUAUUCCUUUAAAUUGUUAUGGUAUUGUUGUUUUUAUAAUGUGCUUUACAGGUAUAAUUAUGAAUGCCAGGAUAUGUUACCAAAUGUGAUUUUUAGACUGGCAACAGAUUUGCCAAAGCAUAUGAAAAAAACGAGAUAGAAGGGCAUGCUUCAACGUACCAAGUAUAACCGCUUCAAGAAUGAAUCUGUGACACCAGUGGACGACCUUUUGCACAACCUGUCCAUGAACAGUAAAGUCACCACUGUAGCCGGAAAUCCAGCCUCACCACCCUGCUCAGCACCACCUGACGUGCUGCAAAAGGACCAAGAAAAUGGACCCACCACUCUUUGUACAUUCAUCCACAAAGUGUCCAACUUAAAACUUGCAAGUUCGGCCAGCCUGUUGGGUAUUAAGAACCUUUCCUCUGCAGUAAAGGAGCUUGCAGGUUCCAAGUUACAGGGGAGCUCUCCAGCUGUAAGCAUAGCAGCAGGAGCCACAGAGAACACAUGUAACCUUGUCUCUACCCCGUGUUCUCAGCAGGACUUGAGCAAGAUGAGCACAGGGAAAAAAACACCAGAAGAAAUGCAUCAGGGAGGAGAGGAUUGGAAUCAAAGUAGCAGCUUCGUCAAUAAACCUUCUCGGGGAUGGUUGCACUCGAACGAGAAGAUCCUGGGACCUGGAGUGACGUACAUUGUGAAGUAUCUGGGAUGCAUAGAAGUUCUGCGAUCCAUGAGAUCUUUAGACUUCAACACAAGAACUCAAAUAACAAGAGAAGCCUUCAACCGAGUAUGUGAAGCUGUACCUGGUACCAAAGGAGUCUUCAAAAAACGAAAGCCAGCAAACAAAAACUUAUCAAGUAUCCUAGGAAAGAGCAAUCUACAGUUUGCAGGAAUGAGCAUAACUUUGAAUAUAUCAACCACCAGCCUAAACAUGAUGACACCAGACUCCAAACAGAUCAUUGCAAAUCAUCACAUGCAGUCAAUUUCCUUUGCUUCCGGUGGCGAUCCGGAUGCAACGGACUAUGUGGCCUAUGUAGCAAAAGACCCUGUUAAUCGAAGAGCUUGUCAUAUACUGGAAUGUUGUGAUGGUCUGGCUCAAGAUGUCAUCAGCACUAUUGGGCAAGCAUUUGAACUUCGCUUCAAGCAAUAUUUACAGUGCCCAUCAAAGAUCCCUGUAUUUCCUGACAGAAUGCAGAGUCUGGAUGAUCCUUUAUGGCCAGAAGAAGAAGGGAUGACAACUGAGCCUCAGUAUUAUAACAGCAUUCCAAACAAAAUGCCUCCACCUGGUGGAAUAAUUGACGAAAGAUUAAAAACACACAUUUCAAAUCAAGGCGAUAACACACAGUCAGCACCUGCUUCUGGAAUAGAACAGAGCUAUUAUCAAGGGCGUCAUCUAGUAGAAAAAUCUGGUGAAAACUUUCAGCAAAAUGUUAAAAGGCAAGCUUCUCUAGAUAUUUAUAGUCUGCCUGAAGGGAAGUCGUUCGUAAGCCAAACAAGCAAUGCCCCAAAUUAUGUUAAUACCCAGCACAUAAAUAAAAAAACACUAGGAGCGAUUCAAAAGAGCGCUGAUUCAGUUUUGUGCAAGUCAGUAGACAGUUUACGGGACAUCAGCCCAAGGAAAGAUAUUUUCGACAUGAAACCAUUUGAAGAUGCUCUCAAGAACCAACCUGUUCUUAGUAGAGAUGCCUCUGUUGACUGUUCUAGUCCUCUGCUAUCCAGAGCUGCUAUCUUAACCAUUAACGAAGAACUGAGGUCAGAGCCCUGGUAUGUUGGAGAAAUGUGUAGGAGAGAAGCAGAAAAGUUACUGAAAAGGGAUGGCGAUUUCCUUGUUAGGAAAAGCAUCAAUAAUCCUGGGUCAUAUGUACUAACAGGAAUGCACAAUGGACUAGCCAAACAUCUUCUUCUUGUUGAUCCUGAAGGCACUGUCAGAACAAAGGAUCGUGUCUUUGACAGCAUUGGACAUCUCAUCAAUCAUCACUUGCAGAACAAUUUGCCCAUUGUCUCCUCUGGAAGUGAACUGUGUCUCAAGCAACCGAUGGAGGGGAAACCUUGAUCCUUAUGCACAUUAUCACUACUUCCUAUGUGUGUGAGAGCUACACAUUUGAUAUCUUUAAAUCGUGCAAUACAGAACUCUGCACUCCUUAAUCAAAAACGUGCCAGUCAUUUAAAAACACUGACACGUCUUAAAAUGUGAUUUUUAUAAAAUUGUUUGAUCCUUUAAUGUGAAUAUACAAUGUGUAUAGAUACACUUUAUGUACAUAUAGAUAUAAAUAUAUUUAUAUUUUUGGAGACUAGGGAUAAGGAAUGGGACUAGUCAGAUUCAAUGAUAAAAAUCAAUAGUUGUGGUUCUUUAGCUAUAAAAUGAAUGCAGCAUUUUGAUGAAUAAACAAUAAAGCUGGAUGCUGCGCAAGCUGAUAACAGUUUUAGGUAAUAAGCACAAUACUGGGGCAAAGGCUGGAGAGUUAGUGCUGCUUGAGUUUUUCAUUCUUUGCAGUCUUCUCCAGCAAUCAAUUGAGUCGAGUUCUGGUAUGGGCAGAUGUUAAACACACAGUCCAAAUAUGUACUGUUAUGCUGAAGUCUACACUGAGAAUGCAGCAUUUGUAGGCUUAUGGAAUAUUUCUACGAUUACAAGCAGUUUCACUAGAUUAUAAGGUCUCAGUCCAAUUGACCAUGUGGUUUUAAACUGAUCUUGCACUAAAGAAACGUAUUUUCCCAUACAUUCAAAAAGCAUUUUACCUUUUGUUUCAACAAAACAACAAACAUGUAAUGAAUUCAUAUGGCAUGAUGUGUUGUUGUCUUUCACUUUUUAAGUUGUAUAAUAUUAAAAACAUAGAUUUUGUACAUUAAAUAACAAAUAGUUAGGUUCUCUAACAUACCUAUUGUGAAGCACUUAUGAUGUGUAAGUAUAAAAGCUACGACAAAAUGUUUCAUUGUCUGAUAAAGGCUUUUUAGUAAAGUCUCCUCAUAAGACACUUGCAUUUUGUAUGGUAUAAAUGAUAUAAAUACAUUUUGUACAUGAAUAAUCAGCAUUUAACUUGAUUGGCGAUAUCUUAGAACAUAAUUCUUUGAAAACAUAUGGGGGCAUAUUUAUUAAAAUUCAGAAUUUCUGCAAAACAACAAUAUUUAUUAUUGUUCUGGAAUAAGUGAAUCUUAAUCACAAUUUUUUCUGUGCGACAAAAUGCAAUUGUGUUUCUUUUUGUAUUAUUGGUAUUCAAUAAUAAUGUUACCAACUAUCUUUAACGCAGAGAAAACGUUUUCUGUUAACGUCUAUAUCAACUUGCCAGUAGAACCUGGUAAGAGUUUUAUUGAAAUAGUUCUCAAUGUGAUAAAUCCCUAAAAUGUGUGGUUAAAAGAUAUACGAUCACAUAUUUUGUGUGUUUUUUUUUAAAUGUGAUAAUGUUUUGUGGCUGCAAUUUUCUCAAAUCAUAACAGAAGAAUUAAAUCUGAAUGUUCAUAGAUUAGCCAUAAAAUUCAGUUCUCUGAAUUAUCUCUCUUGGGUACAGUCUAGAACUGAUUCAUUGGUUUUAUUUUUCUCAUAUUAUAGAAUCCGAGCCUUGUAUAAAAUUGUGUUAGAAAUAUCCAAGACUGAGGGACAAUUUAUAGGGACACUAAAGUUUUACUUGAUCUUGUAGAAAAAAGGCUGGCAUAAAACGGACCUCAGUGGAAAAAAUGCAGCUUAAAAAUGUUUAAAUUUUAUUUGUGGAGCUAGAAAUGCCUAAUGUUUUGUUGCCACACCUAGGCACUUAAUCAUAGGCUGAAAGGGUUACUUCUGCUGCUUCCGAGCUUAGCUGACUGCAGCAUUUCAUUUUGAAGUCCUGAUCUAGUGGGACUGACAACAAUUCAGAAACUUCACAAAUCUUCCUUAUGUAACUUUUGAGAGAUCUUGGGCAGUUUUGCAUCCAAAUUGGAAUUGGAAUUUUCCCAUCGACUGUAUUGGAUGGAUUAGAGUUUUUACUGUGGCUGAUCUUUCAAGUCUAAGGGUGUUAUUUAUCAAAGCCCAAAUUUAUCUCAAUAUUUUCUUAAAAAAACUCCGACCAAAUC